AGGUAUUUGUAUCACAUUAAGAGAUACCCCUUCCCGGAGGCGCCCAUACGGCUAAUGGCGGGCUCAGUCACACCCAGGAGUGUAGGGCUGGUCGAUGAGGCGGUUAUCAUAGAGAUGUGCAAAUCGGCCAAAUUCUGGUUCCAUCACACGAAACGUAACACUAAUAUUGUAGGUUUGGCCGCAUUUGUCAUAUGUUUCGCACCCGUCCACUUCGGCACAAACGACUGGUCACUGUUUCCCAUAUACUUUCCGUGGGGUUUCAUUAACGGAAUUGGUGUGCGCUAUGUGUUUAACAUAAGCCACUGGACGUAUACGUAUUUUUAUCUAACUUGUUUAUACCAUAAGGCACGUAUGAAACAGACCCGGCUUAUGAUCACUGCCCAGUAUGAUAAGUACAGUCGGACAACUGACCAACACGUGUAUUAUCUGAUCAAUACGUUUUCCGGUAUUUAUGCUGAUAUCGAUGAAAAUAACGAUCGCUUUUUCAAAACGUUCUCGAUCAUUUUUCUGCCACUAUUUAUGAUUUUUGUCGAUUGCGAACUGACUACUGAGAUAGCUCCCAAUCUGCAUAUAGUGACCAGGAUAGUUUUUGGCUAUCUGUUAUGGUCGGGAACUUUCGUUAUAUUAAGUUAUCUAAAGGUUGUGUCGAGUGUUGCGGAAGAGGCAAAGAAAGCGUACAAACCGUUGAAUAAACUGCAAAUAACUUUGAAGCAAAAUUCAAACUUUUGCCGAUUAAAGGAGAUGAUCUAG